AUGAAUUUGCUUCUAAAGGUGAAUUAUUUCAGUGAUCACGUCAUAAAAACAUUAAAAUCCAAUUUCCAUGUUAACUUUAAAAGAGCAAAGCUAACUGAAACGACCAUGCGUCCAAGAAAUCCAGAUAUUGCACAAAUAACGUGCAGGGCGGUCAUUAAGCUGGAGUUAUGCCCUCACAAGGCUGCUCGCAUAUUUGGUUUGCAUCCUCGAACUCUAUACCACUGGAUGUCCCAGUACCGAGGCGGUACACUCAUGGAGUCCCGCUCGAAAACCCCGCGACCUCUUCAGGAGGACGUUUGCAAGCUCUUCAUUGAGAUGAAGGCUCAGUCCUCGUCUGUCCAUCUCAAGGAGCUGAAGGACGCCCUCGCAGAAAGGCUAGGGAUAAACGUUUGCCUAUCAACAGUUCACAAUUGGUUGGCUAAGUGGGAGAGCUCGAACGCCAUGGCAGACGGAAGCAAUCGUGCUAGCCACAGUCAACAUAACACGCACAACCCCCACAGUAGUCACAAUGCUCAUUGCUAG